CUGGUAUGAGGCUACUGAAGACGGGGGCUGCUGCUGCUGCUUCUGGAGCUGAGGGUCCAGGGCAUGCUUGCCUCACACCAGCUGAUCAUGCUCUGCCGCAAAGACCUGAGGUGUGGAGUCACUGGGGGCAGAUGUGCACCUUGCCCGGUGACAACAGGUAGAGAUGUAUCCCGCUGUUGAUAAGAGCACGGAGCAAAGGACCAGUUGGACCUUGAAUGGUCCAAAACAAGGCAGCAAUGGCAAAGAGAGAUUACCUGGUGGAGGCGGCCAAGCAGAUUCGCAUGGCACUGGACAGUGAGGUUAAUGAGGACUACGAGGCAGCUUUCAGUUACUAUAAGAAUGGAGUGGACUUACUGCUGAAUGGGGUUCAGUUGGAUCCAAACAAAGAUCGUCGGGAAGCAGUGAAGAGGAAGACGACCCAGUAUCUGAAGAGAGCUGAAGAAAUCUUCAUAACACAUUUGCAGGAUAAUCUAGGGAAGGGCAGCUCUCAUUUAGGGGGCUACAGCAGUCUGAGAUUCCGUCCGAUCAGACACUUGAGUUCGCCUGUGGAGGAUUUGGAAAUGUGUAAGGUGGUUGGAGUGGCUGAUAAGGUCCUGAUCGUUCAAAGUAUGGUGAACAAAGAGACAUUUGUUGUCAAGAGCUUGGUCAAGUCGAGCUGGGAGACCAGGGACCAGCCCACAAUCAUUCCUCAGGGGGUGCCAUACAUGGUUAAGCUGCUAAGAUAUUAUGUCAGUGAGGAUGCGGUGUACCUUCAUCUUGAGCAUGUCAAAGGUGGGAGGCUCUUCUCCAAACUCCACAAGCUGAGGAAUGAGAAGGCUAAGGAACACCCAGAAUGCUUCACUUCUGGCCAGCACAGCACCAAGCUAAAGACCAGCCACACCUCACCCACAAUCAGUACCGACUACCAGCACAGCAACAACGAAAGCAGACCGAUUCCCGAGAAACUGUGUGAUGAGAGUCCAGAUACAGACUUUGCCACUUCAUGGGAUGAGACUCAGCAGCGUCUGGAGAGCUGCGGGACUCACUCCUACAUCGAGGAAACAGGCUGUCUGCAAAACAUGCGCUCUGCAGCAUCAUUUUACACCAAGCUCGAUCAACUCACUCUGCAUUCUGGCCCAGUGAAGACACAGGUCAACACCCACAUUCAUCCACCAGCUCCAAGUUUGUGUUUGCACUCCAGUGAAACUCAGGAAAAGCCAGCUCUUCCUCUCUCCUGUGCUCGUGUCAGUCAGGCUCUCGAUGUCAUGUCAGAACUCCAGAAACAAAAAGCUGGACUGGGACUUACAGAGUGCAGCUCGGAGUUUGAAGUGGCUUGGAGAGCUGUGGAUCCAGCAUGCAACUGUGAGAAAAUAAACCCCUAUGCAGUGACUAGCAGUAAUUUAUACAGCACACUAGAACAAACUGCACCUCAUACAAAUCAGACCUCAUUUUUAAAUGCAGGACCACCAAACAAUGAAAAUGAUGGUUUGAGUUCCUCCCCUGCCAUUUUGCAUCCUUCUCUUCAUUGUCAAACCCAGGUCAGUGGCAGGGCAGCAUGGGAUAUCAGUGACUCUAAUCAAAGACAUGUUUUAAGUGGUAACUCUACAGACACUGUUGCAGAUUCAAAGCAAAGCAGCAACAGUCUCACCACAGAGGAAAGAAAUGGAAUGGUAGUCAUCCGGAGCACAGAUAGAGCAGUAUUUUCUGACCAUACAGACACAAAGAUCGCCUCAGAAGGCUCCUGGCCUCCUCUUGCUUCCCUCUGCCACAGCACUGCAAGAAACCAGGGGACAAUAUCAGCAAUGUCCCUGUCCCUGUCUGGGGUUAAAUCUGAAAAGGAAACGUGCUCCAGUCAGGCAAGAGAGGGAGUAGCAGCAGCCUCUAAAUUGCUGAGUCCUAAAGAGAAGACAGCACUUGUGGGCUGGUUCUCCUCUGGCCCUCCUGGAGCCCCACCCCACAGGAGGAAAGAGGAUGUGGAUGCUUUUGUCAAAUCAGAAGGAUCAGAGGGGCAGGGGGAAGACCAGAUCAUCGAGGUGGAAGGCUGGUGCUACCUACCUUUCAAGUCCUCCAGGUCUACAGUUAAGGCCGUACAGACCUGUUGGGGGCUUCCUGAGGCAGAGGUACGCAUCUGGGGGGCACAGAUCCUCCUAGCCCUGGAGAAUCUGCAUCAGCAAGGUAUCCUGUGUCGGGAUCUCAAUCCCAGAAAUGUUCUGCUCACCAGCAAUGGAAAGGUGUGCUUGACAUUUUUCGGCCAGUGGAGUGAGGUUCAGCCAGAGAUUAGCUCCAAAGCCAUGGAACAGAUGUACUGUGCUCCAGAAAUUGGUGGAGUCUACAGGGUUACAGAGGCUUGUGAUUGGUGGAGUCUUGGGGCCUUGUUGUUUGAACUUCUAACAGGAAUGCCACUGUGGCAACUCCAUCCAGAAGGAAUCCACCCCCUGCUCACUGAGCUGCUUCAGUUUGAUGCUGGCUAUCGCUUGGGUUCUGGAGGUGGAGGUGUGAGUGACAUUAAGUGUCACCCCUUCUUCAGCGGUGUCUCCUGGAAGGCUCUGAGCUGCUAGGAGGAGGUGUGGCUUGACCACCUCUGAUUCCACGGGAAGGGAAGAUGAAUCCUCUCUCGAGUCCAGCCAUCCUAGAAAGGCUCAAAUGGAAGCAGCACCAGAUCCUGGAUUUCUUGGUAUUUUGUGCUUGCUAAAGAAAAUGACCUAAUAAAAACUGAAAGAGGAGAAAACUAGAGAAUCACAUCCCUUCCGAAACAUGAAGACUUACUACUUCCAGUUCUGAGACUGCAUAGUACUGAUGUGGGAAUUUAAAGUACCUUUGAUGCAAUUUUGAUAGUUACAUUUCAUAAUUCUUUAUAUCCAUUAAUAUCAAAUUCACCACCACCAUGCAGGGAAACUGAUAACCAUCUAAUACUAGACUAUUAUUUCAAGUAUAUUUUCAAAUCAUUCGAUAUCAAGUGCAGAUAUACACAGAUAACUGUAAAGAAAAGCCUGAAUAAAUGAGGGGAGAAACUGUGAAUGUUUCUGCUCAGAUGUACUGCAUGAUAAGCACCAAAGAAAGACAUAACUAGUAACUUUAUUUUAUUUGAUCCUGUCUCCUAUCUGUUCAUCAUAUGUGGAUGAACUGCCUUUCAAACUGUCUAUGCCCUGGGUCUUUUCCUAUAAAUUUAACAUACUAUUAAAAUAAAAUUACAAAAAAAUCCAAUCGAGUAUUAUAGUCGAAUAAUGCAGCCUUUAUUGUUUAAAACUUUUUUCUUAAAUAGUCUUACACAGCAUAAAGACAUGUCUCCCUUUUUGUAAAAGAGAUGGCAUAACUCCUCUGAAGAUUUCAUCACUUUGGACAUUUUAAAACAGUGUUGGUUGGUUUCAUUGUUCUCUUCUAAACCAAAAUGUGAUUAUUAUACAGUUUUAUCUAUUAUUUGCCAUUCAUCUCGUAAGUUGAAAUGGCAUAUGGGGCACAAGUCGGAGAACACUGACUGAGCUACAGACCAGCACCAAGAAGCCGCAGACCCUGACAUUUAUCCAUAACAGCUCCAAACCUUUCUUUAAAAAAAAAAAAAA